AUGACCACUGAGAGCUUACACAGUGAGUCUACGAGAGCAACCGAAACUCAUAGCACCGCUCACACCGAACCACAACCUUACACAGGUUAUGAGAAAUCCACAGGUGUACAAGUGGACAAUGUACCAGAUACCGAAACUACUGGGAUACACAUUUUGAAGGAUGAACGAUACGUUGUACCGAGGAAAGAGCGUCGGGGUCUGUUGGCUCAUUUGUCAAUAAUACCGGAGUUUAAGGAUCCUCGAGAUUAUCCGGCAUCGAUCAAAAAGCUCAUAGUUCUCAUAAUUGCAUUUUCUUCCCUAAUGGGUCCCAUGGCUACAUCCAUUGUCUUUCCAGCCAUCAAUCCGAUUACAGAGUCUCUGGAUACAACGACUUUCAUGGUUAAUAUCUCGGUUGGUGUGUAUUCCCUGAGCCUGGGAAUCUUCCCACUAUGGUGGUCAUCAUUUUCGGAAAUGCAUGGUAGGAGAUCAGUUUAUGUGGUCUCCUUUAUAAUGUUAUUCGGAUUUUGCAUAGGAGCCGCAUUGUCUCCAAAUAUCAGCUCGUUCAUCAUUUUAAGAGUUUUAUGUGGAGCAGCAUCUGCUUCAGUUCAAUCUGUUGGUGCAGGAACCGUCUCUGAUCUAUAUAUUCCGGAGGACAGAGGUAGGAAUUUGGGUAUUUAUUACAUGGGUCCUUUAAUGGCACCUUUAAUUGCACCUAUCAUUGCAAGUGGUCUUGUAACACGUUGGUCCUGGCGGUCAACACAAUGGUUUAUGGUUAUACUCGCUGGCUUUGACGUGCUUUUAUUAGUGUUCUUCCUUCCUGAAACCUUGAGGAAACAAGAUAGUAAGGCAGCCAUCGCGGCAAUAUUACUAGAGAGAAGGAAUCAUAAUGCAAAUAAGAACCCUGGCAUAGAAGCAACUGUUGAUUUGGUAGCAGAUCAUAGUAACGAUAAUGAGAGUAAAGAAAGCUCUAAUGAUGGUGAUGGUGAAGAGGAUCUCAGACGGAUGUUGACGGAUGCCAGCAGUCGUCAUAAUUACCCCACAGCCGAUCAUAACAUUGAUGUUGGAGCACCUCAAAUAUCACGUAUCCAAUCACAAGAUCCCAGGUGGGAAUCAAGGAUGCGAGAUUAUGAUCUGGCGAGGAUGAGAACCAACUUGGAAAACGAAUUAGCCAAGACUGAAACUCAGAAAUCUCGUCUGACAGAUUCGGUGGGAAGAUCUAAAAAGCGAAUAAUUAUGAAUCAGUGUUACAUUCAUUUUAUAAGGCCCAUGAAAUCGGUGUACUUCUUAAAAUACCCGCCAGUGCUGAUGGCUAUCAUCUUCUCUGCCAUAUCUUUCUCUGUGCUUUACUUCGUUAAUAUGACCAUUGAGUAUGAUUACUCCAGAUCGCCAUAUAACUUUAAGCCACUGUUUGUCGGUCUACUCUACAUCCCAAAUUCUGUCACAUACAUUAUCGCGGCCAUCUAUGGCGGUAAAUGGGUAGACUCUUUGCUGAAGAGGUAUAAAGUCAAGUAUGGAAUUCUUGCACCUGAAGCCCGUAUAUCCUGGAACUUGGUCACUGCAGUGGCUAUAUUCCCUGUUUCACUACUCAUCUUUGGUUGGUGCCUCGACAAAAAAUGUCAUUGGGUAACGCCUCUGAUUGGGACGGCCUUAUUCGGAUUCGCAUCGAUGAUGACAAUUGGUGCUACGGUAUCAUAUCUCGUAGACUCACUGCCAGGACGAGGCGCAACGGGUGUGGCUUUAAACAACCUCGUCAGGCAAAUUCUUGCGGCUGUUGCUGUCUUUGUCACAGAACCGAUGCUGAAGGGCAUGGGCACUGGUUGGGCAUUCACGAUGCUGGCGUUUAUCAUUAUUGGCUCAAGCUCGGUACUCCUAAUCCUCAAGAGGUAUGGCGAUCACUGGAGAGAAAACUACGAUUUACAAAAACUAUACGACCAAGUCGAAUAA